ACCAACACACCAGGGCCAGAAAUGCAAGAACACCUACUCCAUCUUAUAAUUUAAACUUAAUCUUGUUAAACUUAGAUAUAUAUACCCAACAAUUCUGUCUUAAUUCAUCAUCAACCCAUUAAACAAAAUAUCCUCUCCAGAUCAUAAGUUCUUCAAUUUUCUACCUUUCCUUGGAAUUCAUGGCAACCCGAAAAUCGACUCCCUUGGCCCUCAAGCUCACAAUCUGGCUGCUGCUUCUAGCUCUUGCCAUUCCAUGCGCCACCUCUGCCCGAAUCCUCGAUGAGGAAAACCCUGUGGCUCCCGGGGAGACUGAUACAACUCAAACACAAACACCUGUUUCCAAUGUGCCACCUCCUCAGGUAGCUACAAAUCCAGCAGGCCCCGCUGCUGCAGCUACAAGUGCCACAGUUGGCAAUACAGCAUCCUACCAUCCACUAACCUUCUUCUUGCAUGACAUUAUCGGUGGAUCAAACCCCUCGGCUAGAGCUGUCACUGGAAUUGUGGCCAAUCCGGCAGUCAGCGGUCAAGUCCCUUUUGCCAAACCCAAUGGAGCAAAUAUCCCAAUUGGGAAUGGCAUUCCCCAGAAUAACAACAACAAUGGAAUCAUCAACAACAACAAUGUUCCCUUCUUCACCGGCCUUGGUGGAAACGCCGGCAACAACUUGAUCCAAAACAAUGGCAACAACAUCAUCAUUGGCGGGAAUGGGCUUCCGUACCUGAACGGGGCUCAGCUUCCCCCUGGAAUCACCCUUCAGAAGCUUAUGUUUGGGACCCUUACAGUUUUCGACGAUGAGCUGACUGAAGGGCAUGAGCUUGGAUCUGGCUUGCUGGGCAAGGCACAAGGGUUUUACGUGGCGAGUUCUGAAGAUGGGAGCAGCCAGACCAUUGCCUUCACAGCCAUGUUUCAGAGUGGAGGUUAUGCUGAUAGCCUCACCUUCUUUGGUGUGCAUCAGGUGGCAGCUUCGGAGUCUCAUCUUGCAGUCAUGGGAGGAACUGGCAAGUAUCUCAAUGCAAAGGGUUAUGCUCUUGUUAAGACUACUCCUGCAACAAAUCAGCAAAACACUGAUGGAGUUGACACUGUGCUGCAGUUUACCACGUAUCUUACUUACUAGUGUGCUAAUUAAGGUUUUAAUUUAAAAUGUUGUUAAUUUUGUGUUUCGCUAAAAUCUCUGCAUUAGAGAUGCAUGUUCGAAAAUGAUUGUGACUUAAAUUGCAGAACUGAUUGUUAUUUGCAUGAA